AUGAUUAUCACGUAUUAUGGAUCACAUGUUCACGUUCCAACAAAUUUUAGUGGUAACGAAUUACAGGAUGCCCAAUGCCAAAAGUCACGCAACUCUACACCUAAAGAACUAUUGAAGAUUUACAAGAGUAACUGCCUCUCUAUCUCUACAUGGAUGCCAAAAGUGCUCUCAUUUCUGCUACAGAUGGGAUGGUCUCGGUUGGGUAAAUCUUGGCAACAAGUUGUGCAAAGCUUUCGUACUUGUCCAGAAACUCCUUCUGUCAAUUAUUCAAACAGCUUGCAAUCAGAUUCGGAAUACUAAAAAAAUUAUUGAAGUCUACUUGGUAUCUAUUCAUAAGCAUCACGAAAGAUCAGUGACUAUUACCAUACCAAUCUGUACACUUCCCGGGAAAACAAAGUUUACCAUCUUUUUACUCAAUAUCUUACGGAACAAUUUUUCAUAGCCUAAUUUACCCGAUUAAGUGUAUUAUUUUUAUCUGAAUUUUGUCCAAUACAAUUGAAUGAAAAAAUUGAUGAACACAUUUUUUAGUUAUUAAUUUUUGAAUUAUUUUAAUAAU